CAAUUAUCAUUAUUCUGCGCGUCGGCCCUCAGGUUCUGACAAAUUUAUCUUAGAAGCCCUUCGCAUGGCCGGCCUAUCUCCUUAGCCCGGGCCCUCCCCUCUUUUAACCUCAAGUCAGUCCGUCCAGUCCGUCUUCCCCUCUUCAAGCUUCGCGUGACUCCUAAGCUGUAAGAGAGAAAGCACAAAGAGAGCGGCGGGAAGAGUGCGAGAAGUUCCUUCCGCGAAUUCGACAUCCGGAGCUCUCAGCCAUGGAUCCAGACGCCGUCGCGAAGGCAUUCGUGGAUCACUACUACAGCAUGUUCGACAGCAACCGAGCAGGAUUGGCCAGUCUCUACGAGGAUGGCUCGAUGCUGACCUUCGAAGGCCAGAAGAUCCAGGGCUCGCAGAACAUCGUCGCCAAGCUCACCAGCCUUCCUUUCCAGCAGUGCCAGCACAGCAUCACCACCGUCGAUUGCCAGCCUUCUGGUCCCGCCGGCGGCAUGCUCGUCUUCGUCUCUGGUAACCUCCAGCUCGCUGGCGAGCAGCACGCUCUCAAGUUCAGCCAGGUUAUGUUCCAUUUGAUGCCAACACCAACAGGAAGCUUCUAUGUGUUUAAUGACAUUUUCCGGUUGAACUAUGCUUGAAGGACAUCGAUCGAGGAGGAGAGAAAACGUCCUUGUGUGAACCUGAAUCUCCAGGGUUUUUCUUUGAGCAGUUUGCUUCUUUUCUCUUGUGUUCUGGACAUUCCAAAUGGGAAACUCGGAAUUUCGGUUAUUGUUCGAAUCUCCUUCACCGCUUUGUUGUCGAAAGUUGCUCCUUGACACUAGUGUUUAAAUUUAAGAAACGGGUUGGUCGCAGUAUUGGAAUAACUUUGAAACUUUCUUCGACCUGUCUUGCUUGAUAGAUAUACUUCUACCAAGCAAAUGAUGAUAAUGACAAAAUAGACACAGAACGUUGCCCAGUUUUCCCCAACUGCAGAAAAGUAAAGACUACAAAAUGGAUUGAUACAACAAAUACACUGCAAAAAUGUUCUUGCUUCCAAGGCUUGCUGCGACUACUUGUCGCCAGUGAGCCCGAAAUCCACGCAGGGAAGCUCGGGCAUGUUGAUGGUGGAACCAGAAUCCGUCUCCUCAGCAGAUUGCUUCCUCUCUCCAUCCUGCUCGUUUCGAACCCGGCCUGGAAAGAAGCUGCUCAGCAAGGACCUCACUGGAUGGCUUAGUUUGUCCUUCACCGCCAAGGCGAUGGACACCUCGGAGACUUGCCAGCCCACCGUCACCACGAUCAGAGCAGAAAGCAGGCAGUGGGUGAUGAAGUUCUGCCUCUUCACCUUCCUAAUCUCCUUCACUAGCUCCUCAUCUGCAUCUGUUUUCUUGCUGUCCCGACGAUUUCUCGACCUGCCUUCUCCGCCUCGCGGGGACCCGGGUUGCUUCAGCGUCCCUUCUCCUUUCAGCGAUUCCAACUGUCCACGGUAACGCGUAGAAUCACUUUUCUAUUCUCCAUGGCUCUUCAUUCAGAAUCUGUAUGUUACGUUGUAGUAGACGAGGGAUGAUGGAAAAAUGAUUGUUACCUCGGAGAGCAGUCUGGAGAGAAUAGGCCGAUCUUUGUCGUCUAAUGG